AUGGCUUUCACUACAAAUGCUACUAUCAACAGCUUCGGCGGACGCUUCCUCAAGCUCUCUCACAAGUCUGCCGUCACCGGCACACCCAUGAACGCAACUCUCUACCUCCCAGGCUCGGCAUCGUCUUCUAAGCCAGCUCCUCUUCUCAUCUACCUCUCUGGCCUCACAUGCACACCCGACAACGUCACAGAGAAGGGUUUCCUUCACGCUCACGCCUCCAAGCUCGGUCUUGCUCUUCUCUACCCAGACACAUCUCCCCGCGAGCUGGACCUGCCCGGCGAGCACGACUCAUAUGACUUUGGCAGCGGAGCGGGCUUCUACAUCGAUGCCAAGAAGGACCCUUACAGCAAGCACUACAAAAUGGAGUCUUAUAUCACCAAUGAGCUUCCCGACCUCAUCUUCAAGGAGUUUAAGGAGGUUGACUCCUCGCGAGUUUCUAUCUCUGGCCACUCUAUGGGUGGACAUGGUGCACUGACUCUGUUCCUCAAGAACCCCGGCAAGUACAAGAGUGUCAGCGCCUGGGCUCCCAUCUCCAACCCUUCUCAGUGCCCCUGGGGUGACAAGGCCUUCAAGGGUUACUUGGGUGAGGAUAAGGAGGAGUGGAAGAAACACGAUGCCACUGAGCUCAUCAAGAGCUGGAAGGGCAACUUCCCUGCCCUCAUUGACGUCGGCACCGGUGACAACUUCUACAAACAGGGCCAGCUUCUCCCUGAAAACCUCGAGAAGGCUGUCAAGGAUGCUGGUAUUGAGGGGUUGACUCUCCGCUACCAGGAUGGCUAUGACCACUCUUACUUCUUCAUCUCGACCUUCGGCGAAGACCACGUCAAGCACGCCGCCAAGGCUCUCGGACUCUUGUGA